AUGAUUCACUCUCUCUCUCUCUCUCUCUCUCUCUCUAUCUAUCUAUCUAUCUAUCUAUUUAUCUAUCUCCUCCUCUCUGUCUCUCUCUCUAUCUCCCCACCUCUUUCUCUCUCUCUCUAUCUCCCCCACCUCUCUCUCUCUCUCUCUCUCUCCCUCUCUCUCUCUCUCUCUAUCUAUCUCCCCCUCUCUCUCUAUCUAUCUCCCUCUCUCUCUCUCUCGCUAUUUUUUACUCUCUUUAAAGUUUUAUUUUUUUCCCACAGGUAUUCGCCGCUCGGUAUCACCUUCUUGAUUGCCGCUAAAAUCGUAGAAAUGGAAGAUUUUGGAGUCCUUCUCGGUAAAGUUGGUCUCUACUUCCUCACUGUACUUUGCGGUCUGGCUGUCCACGGUUCUGCCGUCCUUCCAGCCAUUUAUUUCCUUUGCGUCAGAAAAAACCCUUACAGAUUUAUCGCCGGUAUCUUUCAAGCUAUGGCUACAGCCUUUGGAACAUCCUCUAGCUCGGCUACUUUGCCCGUCACACUGCACUGUCUCGAACACAAAUGUGGCGUUGAUCCUCGUGUCAGCAGUUUUGUUAUACCUGUCGGGGCAACCAUCAAUAUGGAUGGUACCGCUCUUUAUGAAGCAGUUGCUGCCCUUUUCAUUGCUCAGAGAAUAAUCUAUCUAUCUAUCUAUCUAUCUAUCUAUCUAUCUAUCUAUCUAUAUAUAUCUAAAUCUGUUCAUCUCUAUCUAUCUAUCUAUCUAUCUAUCUAUCUAUCUAUCUAUCUAUCUGUCUGUCUGUCUGAAUCUGUUCAUAUCUAUCUCACGAGUUAUAUAUCUCGCUAUCUCAAUCCGCUUUUAUCUAUCUAUCUAUCUAUCUAUCUAUCUAUCUAUCUAUCUAUCUAUCUAUCUAUCUAUGUCAUUACAGCAACUGCCGCCUCCAUUGGUGCGGCUGGCGUGCCACAAGCAGGCCUCGUUACCAUGGUUAUAGUGCUUUCCGCCGUCGGAUUACCCACCGAUGACAUCACUCUCAUUCUGGUCGUUGAUUGGUUCCUAGAUCGAUUCCGAACAAUGAUUAAUGUUGAAGGAGACAGCUUGGGAGCAGGAAUCGUUUACCACUUAUCGAAAGCUGAGCUUCCACCAUCCGAAAAGGAAAUCGAAGAUGGCGUCGUCCCCGCGGUCGUUGGCGAAAACCCCUCACGUAGCGUAAGUAGCGCUCUUGAGAAAAUCCCCAACGGCACUGAAGGGGCCGCGAUCACUGCUGUGUAA